GCUGAACUCGGAUCUACUGCACUUUGUUCAUGAUUAAUCGCUGCAAGUAUGUUAUAUUGACAUGUUUGAACACUCUACGUUUACGCCCCCGUCACCCUUUGACUAUAGCACGUCUCCUCUCGAGGUGCGUUCCAAAACAAAGAGGGAGAAACCACACAAGUGGCAUUUUUUACAUUUUUAAGAUUUCCUUUUUAGAGUACAUAACGCGCGCGUGCGUGCGUGUGCGUGCGCGUGUGCGUGUGUGUGUGUACGUUUUGUCUCUUUAGAGGCGUGAUCCGGUAUGGGUUGUGUGGCGCGCCAAUCAAGCGGCGCCCUCGCACAUAAGAGUAAUUUGACCGAUUUACACUGCAUCGCGUGCGAACGCACCGCUUGUCGUGACAGCGGGACAGAUGCUUCUCAGGCAAAGGCUGCCUUCAGUGCGGGGAGCGUGGACGCGUCACGGCGCAUGCUCUCCUACGUCUCUGGCCGGCGGAGGAUGAGGAGAACGGUGUCCCGCUCAACAACGCUCUGUGAGGAGGGGUGCUGAGGUCAUUGUGUCUGCAGGGGAUCUCAUGAUGGAGAAGGAAGAGGAGGAGGGGUCCAGUGGCAAUAACCAUAAGGCUCAAGUCAUCCUGCACCUGCAGCCCAUCUUGCAUGGGGCAAAUUAUGACAUUGCAGAUACGAGCAGCACGGUCUUGGCAGUCGAGACUCAACAUGAUGACAGUAAGUCAGAGGGUGAGAGCGUGGAGUAUGGCUAUCCAAUUACUUGCGGAGAAAGUAGAGCAGUUUUACUCUUUAAGAAGUUUGUGUGCCCCGGAAUCAACGUUCGAUGCGUUAAGUUUAAUGACCAGCUUAUCAGUCCUAAGCAGUUUGUACACCUGGCAGGCAAAGCCACCCUGAAGGACUGGAAAAGGGCCAUCAGACUAGGCGGGGUUAUGCUCAGAAAAAUGAUGGACUCCGGCCAGAUAGACUUCUACCAGCAUGACACGGUGUGCAGUAACACGUGCCGCAGCACGAAAUUUGACAUGCUGAUCAACAACUCGCAGCUUCCUCUGGGGACGUCCUUGCAGGCCAACCCCUCGUCUCUGGCUCUUGAAUCUCUCGGAGGGCAGGUGCCUCCCGUGACAGGAGAGUCUCUGCAUGAUGCAUCUGACUUGGAGGAAGCCUUGGAAGAUAAAUUUGGUGGAGAGUGGAGCUCCACGCAGCUCACCACAGCCAAUGGACAUGCAAAGAGGAAAAGGAAUGAAACGUCUGAUGGCAUAUUAAGCUUGUGGAAGGGUGUGGCUGAAUGUGGGCUGAUGAGGGAGGUCUUGUCCGGUCUUCAGGCUCACCUAUUGACCACUCUGAAAGGAGUGGAGGUUCGCAAUGAGAAGGCUGAGUUACAGGAUACAGACGCCAUCAUUUUGAAUUCGCUGUGUGAGAUGUUUGGGCUUUUAGACUCUGUGAAGCAAGCACUGGAGCAGCGGCGCAGCCAGAAGGAAAACGACGAUGACGCCGAUGGCGUUUAUGAGCUGGAGGAGCUGUCAAAGGAACGAAGGAAGCAAGUGUGUGUUAAAAACACAUCCUACAAACACGCAUCCCCCAAGCACCUCCGACCCCAACGUCACCAGCUCUCCAACAGCCAGCUGUCGCCCACCCUCAGCAACACUGUGAUCCAGCCUCUCUCACUCACGUGCUUACCGGAGCCGCCGUACGCUCAUCCCAACAUCAACCCUCAGCACGUCAGCCACUUCCCCACCCCGAGCGGGUCACGGGGUGGCGGCGUGAAGAGAGAGGAGAGGACGCGGGCGCCCUGCGAGUCGGGCAAACAGGCGAGGGCACACAGAGCGGGACAAGAACUAAAGGUGGAGAUGCAGCAAGGUCUUGGACAAAGGGCGUGCAAGCUUCAGACUCAUUUCGGAAGUGAGGAGCUAGAUCAGGGAGAGCGCUUACAUGGCUUUGCAAAGGUGGCUCUGGGGAGAAAGGGGUUAAAAAAUCUUAAAACUAAAUGAGAGAAUGCUGCAGAAUUAAGAGGGACACAACCCCGACAUCAAACAGUAAAAGAGUACUUUGUAAACCUGUCUUUGCGACUACUUUCAGAGUUAGUCUUUGGUGACUGUUUUCCCUCGUGGUAAAAAGUAGUUCGGGAUAGGUAGCAAAAGGAAACAUUUCUUAUGACAUUUGUAAUUGAAAAUACUUUUUGUGAUUCGUUGUAUAAUUAAGUGUUGGGGUUUGUAUCAUCCCAAUUUUUCAACACUGACUGAACAGCUCACUCAGGCUUAUAUUAAGGCAUAAUGUUGCUGCCCAAUAAAAAGAACGCAUGUAUCUCCAA